GUUUCUUUGGCCACCUCCCCUUCAACCCUUCCUCUCCCUUCCAACUUUAACUUUUCACCGCCUCUUAUCAAUCAAUAUAUUACAGUAUACUACUACUAUAUAUAUAUAUUCUAACCAAAAGCAGUUAAAAGACCACAACAAAUGAGAGACUUCUACUAAUUUUUCAGCUACUGAUUCAGAUCUUAACAUGAAGGUUCACUUCUGAUACUUCCCUUUAUAUGUGUCUGAGAGAGAGAGAGAGAGAGAGCUAAGUUUCCAUAUAUCAGGUUCUGUGGUCACCAUAACAAAAGAUUGAACCAGACAGUGAAUAUGUUAGAGAAAAUGGCAGAAGAAGCAAUUCCAAAUGGUUUUAUUCAAAACCAAAAUGGUGGAUCGAAUCCUCCCACCAUAAAGAAGAAGAGGAACCUCCCAGGAACUCCAGGAAAGUCUCUGUCUUAAUUUUUAAUCAAAUAUAGCUUUUCUUGUAACUUUCUUUCUUUCUGUCUAGCUUUAUCACCAUCAUGAGUAUAUCCAUAUAUGAAUAUUCAAGAUUAUAUAUAUUAAUGGAUAUACUUUAAUUCUUUACAUACAGAUCCUGAAGCCGAAGUCAUUGCCUUGUCACCAAAAACUCUAAUGGCCACCAACAGGUUCUUGUGUGAGAUAUGUGGAAAAGGGUUCCAAAGGGAUCAAAACUUGCAAUUACAUCGCCGUGGACAUAACCUUCCAUGGAAGCUCAAGCAAAGAACCAGCACAGAAGUGAGGAAGCGCGUUUAUGUGUGCCCUGAAAAGAGCUGUGUCCAUCACCACCCCUCCAGGGCUCUUGGAGACCUUACUGGUAUAAAGAAGCACUUCUGUCGAAAGCACGGGGAGAAGAAGUGGAAGUGUGAGAAGUGCUCAAAGCGAUAUGCAGUGCAGUCAGACUGGAAAGCGCACACAAAAACUUGUGGGACUAGAGAAUACAAAUGUGACUGUGGGAAUAUAUUUUCAAGGCGAGAUAGGUUGAUCGCGCAUAGAGCUUUUUGUGAUGCUUUAGCAGAAGAAACGGCUAGAGUUAACGCGACAUCAGACAUCAAAACCACGACAGCCAGCAAUAUGAUCAAUUAUCAUAUUAUGGGACCUAGAAUUGCACAACAUCUUUCUUCCAUUUUCAAGCCAAUGCCAGGCAGUGACGGAACAAUCGAUGUUCCAACCACGGGGGGACUCUCAUUAUGGAUGGGCCAAGGACCCCAAGGUCAUGAAGCAAUGGACAAAAUUAAUCUCCAAGAGAGACAUCAAAUUGGGACUUUGAGUUCAGGAGCAGUAUAUGGUGAUCCAGUUGUAUCUUGUUCAAACCUUUCGCCACCUGAAUGUCAACUGAAUUGGGUAAUGGGAAGCAAACAUUCGAAGAAUGCUGAAGCAAUAACAAGCCCUUUACUUCACUUGAGCAAUGUUAAGAAUGGUGAAAGUCAUCCUGUAAGUGUUCCUUCAUUGUACAGCACCCAACAUUGCUCUCAUCAAACACCUACCACGAACAUGUCAGCAACAGCUCUACUGCAAAAAGCUGCCCAAAUUGGAGCAACUUCAAGUACUGACACAUCAUUCCUAGGAAGCUUUGGAUUGAAGUGCAAUAACAAUAUUCAAGUUCAAGAUGGGAACAAGUAUUGUGGAUUGUAUUGUAGUACAAACCCUAUAUCCACUAAUCUUGGAGCUACUUUGGAGAGCUCAGUAAAUGAUAUCUUCACUUUGAAUCAAUUGCAGAUGUACCCCUCAAAGCGUCGAAAUGUGCAGAAUGAAGAUGGUACAGGAGGGAAAACUAGGGACUUUUUGGGUGUUGGUAUACAAUCCAUCUGCCACCCACCAUCAAUUAAUGGAUGGAUUUGAUCAUAUGGGAAUUUCAUGAAUUGCUUCUGUGUUGGAACUUGGAAAGCAAAUUAGAAAUUAAAGUUGGGAAGAGAGAGAGAGUAGUGUGUGAGCUUUGCAGAGAGGGAAAAGGUAGCAGUGCUUGAUGGGAGCUAAAAAUGUGUUUAGUAAAACUAUCCAAAAGCUGAAGAAGGAGAGGAGAUCUCUGCAUAUUCCCUCCUGAAAACUGAAAGCUGUGAUCCCAAGUAGUGGGGGCAAAGGAAGAAGUUCUUUUCAACUCCAUUAUUGCAAUGUUUCAUCUUUUGUGGUGGUUUUAAUCCUAUCAAAAUGGUGUUGAAAGUGUAAUCUAGUGGCAAAAAAAGGCUUCAUUCUAGUUUCAGUAGGCUUAGCCUAAUGAAUUAUAUAUAUAUAUAUAUAUAUGUAGCUCUUUUUUGUUCAACCAUGCAAACUUGUAGAUAGCAAGAAUCAUUGUAUUAGCUAUAAGCCUAUAACAAAUGCAAGAAAGUGAGGGAAGUCAAUAUAAGGCUUCAUAUUACCCCCACCCAUAAAUGAAAGGAUUUUCUCCUUGAUCAUCUUUAAUGUCCUUUUAAUCUUUCAGCAUUAUAGGUCUUAUAAUGUUAUCAACUACUGCCAUGGCCUUUAUUUCAGACUGCAAAGGCUUCUAGUCUUGAAUCCAAUUUAAGCUACACGUAUAUAGUAUCUACGAGGGACCUCUAUAAUUAUUUGUUUCUGAGUCAAUUCCAUUAGAUCAAGCCACCUCUAUGAUUAUUGUUUUUUUUUUUUUUUUUUUGAAAGGUGACCUCUAUGAUUAUUGCUUCCAAAGGAAUUCCAUUAAAUCACCUCUUAUGCAUCUUGCUUGUCAUUUUGUUUUUCAACUCUGCUUAGACUCAAAUGAGGAACUUUUUCCCCCAUGCAUUAACUCUUAUCAAACUGAGAUUGAAAACUUUUAAGUUUUCUUUUUUAUUAUUUUUUCCCCACCAUAAACUUCGGAUUCACAGCACAUACAAAUUACAAAUAUUGCUUAAACCAGUUUUCGAACUUGAGACUCAAUACAACAUUUAUUUUUUCUUCUACUUUGUUUUUUAGUUUUAU